UUUUUUCGCGACGACAAACGAAAAGAGUUCAUCUGUGAAGUUGGAUGAGGUGUUGGUGAAACGCUGGCGGAUCUGAAGGAGCUCGUUGUUGGUUUGUGCGACCGCGACAUUUAUUCGGCAUUACGAUAUCAUUUUCAACCUCACCUCAAGUCACCUCAUCACAUUACAUCUCACAAAAUCAUAAUCAAACUCAACCAUGGACGCUCCAAACCCUCGACAUGGAAGUCAUCCAUCGGACUCGAUCCCGGACGCCGCAUAUCCCAACGACUCUCCUUAUCGACCCGGCGAUCACUCACCACAAACCAUGGCUACUCCCGGCGCAUCGCCAUCCUCACCAUCACCACAGUCUUACUCAACACCACCAUCAACACACUUCGGCGCCAGUAUCCCCACAUACUCCAGUCCAACGCCAUCGCCAUGGUCCCCCGCUAUACCCUCAAGUCCACCACCUCCAUACGAUCCGUCCCGUCCGCCAGCGAUAUACUCUCCACUCGCACCACCAUCGCCAAUCUCCCCACCUCCGCCUCAGUAUCCGCCUUCAACGCCUUGGCCGUACCCGCAAGGCAGCAGUUCUGGCUCUAGUCUGAACGCACCGUACAAGAUGGGACCUGUGGCUACGGCGAGAGCACGACGGAGGAGAAAACUGCAGAUCCUCGCUUUGGCGCUUUGUGCGGUGAUGAUCUUCUUCGUUGCGUUGAUCAUGGGGAUUCUGAUGGGUGUUGUGAAGGUGCAGUGGAAGAACAAUGACGAUGAUUAGGCUCGAUUAGCUGGAUAUGCACCUGUCACUC